AUGUCCCAAAGCACUGCGUACUUCCGCCCCGCAGCCCAAGCGCAAGGACUUGCCAAUUACCCUCACGCACGAACCAUAACAUCCCCCAACGGCAAAGGAUCAUACAUCUAUGUUUCAGGGACUUCAUCCCGCCGAGGGGAUGGGACAUUCGUUGGAGCUACACGCUCAGAAGAUGGGACAAUCACCUUCGACAUUCGACAGCAGACUGCUGCCGUGUUAUCCAACAUCGACGCCAUCAUUCAAGGUGCUUCCGAGGGGAAAGCGAGUAUUCGCGAUGUGGUCGAUGCAACAGUUUUUUUGACCAAUAUGAAGGACGACUAUAAGGACAUGAAUGAAGAGUGGAAUUACAUUUGGCCAGAUCGGAAUACUGCGCCGGCGCGAACGACUGUGGAAGUGCGGGCUUUGCCGCGGGAGGAAAUUCUGGUGGAGAUUAAAUGUACUGUGUACUAUGUAUGA